AAGCGAUAUUUGUUUUAACGCAAGACGAAUAAAUUUUCGCUAGCAUAUAAAAAGCAAUGCAAAGGUCAUAUAUGUGAAACAAAUUAAAGAUAGAAAAGUAGCAAAGUAAAAGUAGUACCAUAUGUUCAACAACACAUCAGUUUCAAUCAAACUUGCGCCACUAGCCUACGAUGUUAAAGUCAUCCUUGGUAUAGAUGUUUUUAUUAUUGUUGUUGCUUUUUUGUUCAAUAUCGUUGGUAUAUUGUUACUUCUUAGUCCAAAGCUGAAGAAUUUAACCCCACAAAACAUUUACAUUAUCCAUAUGAGUUUUUUAUCGAUUAUAAAUAUAGGCAAUAAUGCUAGAGCCGUGUAUUGGAAAUACCAUCGUACAAGAUUGACUAAAAAUUUUAUUGCCAUAUAUUAUCUAGCGCACAUGGCUUACAUUAUUAAUCUCUGUUUUUUAUCAUUAGACAGAUUAAUGUUUGUUGCCUUUCCUUUCCAAUAUAGAAUAAAAAAGUCAAAGUUUCUUGUGUUAUUGAGUCUGUUUAUUUUAUGGUUAGUAUCAAUCGUUUUUGGAUUGCUAAUUAAAUUUGGUGGGAUUGCUAACGAUUGGUUUUACCAUUAUGCUUCCUACAUUUACAAUGGAUUUGUUAUUGUUCUUGCAGUCUGUGUAUACGUUUUUAUUGGAUUUAAAACGCACUUAUCUUUUUUAAUUCACCGAAACCGAUUCGCAAAUAAGAAAACAAAGAAACUAUUUACUAUGUCAUUCCUAAUUAUUUUCACGUUUUUCUUGUUUGUUUUUCUUCCACAUUUAAUUGCCGAAAACGUGAAAUUCAAAUCACGAAAAACAAAAAAUCUUCUGGUGUUAGGAUUAAUUGGAGUUAACAUUCUCAAUAACUUAUCGGACCCUGUAAUUUAUAUUUACUUUCAACCAACAGUAAGCAAAAAACUCGCGCUCUUUUUUAGAAAAUUCAAAAACACUUUCUCUUGUUGGAAAUUUAACUUUUUGUCGCCAAUAUUUAGUGUUUUUUACAAAAACCGAAAAAGGAAAGAAACUGUCACCAGCUGCAGUUCCUUGGAAAUUAGAAUAGAAACAUACCAAUCUUCAAGAUCAUAAAAACAUCUUUGAAGUAAUCAACCAAGUUUUGACGGUUUUAAUAAACAACAAAAUGGGUAAUACACAAUUAGAAGGAAGUUUUGAAACACAAAGUUGAAAAUUAA